UAUUAUUAUUAGUUUAUGUGUAAUCAUUAAUUUAGUUUAAUUUGUUUAUAACUAUUAAUAUUGCAAAAUGCUGCACAGUUUAAAUGACUUAAAAAGCCAUAGUGUGGACAUUUGUUUCCGUGUUGUAAAUGUUUUGUUACAACUCCUCAAUGACAUAAUAAAUCAUCCGGAUCAACCAAAUUUCAGAAGACUCUACUUGGACGGUGAUGUAAUUCAAAAUAGUCUUUUGCCUUUUGCUGGAGCUAUGGAAUUUCUUUUUGAAAUCGGGUUUAUAGAUGAUAGAAAUUCUUUAGUGUUACCAGAAUCUAUAAGUCUGAGUACAUUAAAUAACUACAAACAACAACUUAUAAACAUAAUUGCAGAGCAUCAAAAAUCAAGUUUAAAUGAAAAUAGUUUCUUAAAAGAAAUGAGUUCAACAUCAUUGACUGUACUUAAGUUUGAAGAUAAAAUAUUGCAAAGUAAAGCAUUACACAAUUUAUCACCAGAAUAUAUUGAGUUAUUUUCAAAUGUCAACAAAAAUGAAUCAUUAUACCAUGAAAAAAUGAUGUUGAAACUCAUGAAAUGGUUUAAAGAGUCAUUUUUUAAAUGGUUUGAUACACCAAUUUGCCAGUUCUGUUCUAGUACUACAAAAUUUAAAGGAUUAAAUCACAAUAAUAAAGAUGAAAAUGUUAAAUAUUCAGAAAUGUAUGAGUGCGAGAACUGUUGUUCAAUCACUGAUUUUAAGAGAUAUGGUAUUUGUGAACAACUUUUAACUACUCGUCUGGGUAGAUGCGGUGAAUGGGCUAACUGUUUUACUUUAUUCUGUAGAGCGCUUGGUUGGGAAGCAAGAUUGGUAGUUGAUAAAACUGACCAUGUAUGGACUGAAGUUUGGUCAGUUAGUCAACAAAGAUGGAUUCAUUGUGAUCCGUGUGAAACAGCUUUAGACAAGCCAUUACUAUACGAAAAAGGUUGGGGAAAAAAAUUGUCAUAUAUUAUCGCCUACUCUAACGAAGAAGUGCAAGAUGUUACUUGGCGGUAUGUAGGAGAUUGUUUCAGCGUUUUAAAAAGAAGAAAACUUUGUUCAGAAAAAGAGUUGUUGAAUACAAUUUUGAGUUUGUCCCAUCAUAGACAAAAUAAUUUAUCAUUGUCAAGGCGUAAAUAUAUUGCAGAAAGACGUUUGAAAGAGUGUUUUGAAAUGUAUCUUAGUUUAUACAUUAUACACUGUAAACCUGAAAUUGAAAAUUAUGGUGGCAGAACGUCUGGAUCUCUUGCGUGGAGAUUAGCUCGAGGAGAAACUAAAAUUGAGAAAUUUGUUUGGACUCCGUCUGAGACUGAAAUAGCCAAUAAAAGAUUUGAACUAAAAUAUUCUACAGCUAUUGAUAAAUAUAUCCAUGGCAAUAGCAUUCACGUAGGAUGGAAAAGUGGUGUGUAUAGUUAUAAUUCAUUAUUUCGCAAAGAAGAAUUAGACUGGAAAAAUGUUUAUUUAUGUAGAGAAGAAUACAGUGAGAAAUCAACAAUAGAAUGGCGAUUUGACUUUUCUUCAAGUGGUCUUGUUGUACAAGAUGUUAAAUUAGUUUAUACUACAGCGCUGUUUAACACAGGUCAAGUUGAAUGGAAGUUAAUUGGAAAUAAUCUUACUGUGAAUCUGCCUACUGUGGAAAAUAUUAAAGAAGUCGUUUUUGAUCAAAUGAAUGGUGCUGAUUUUGUAACAUUAAAUGCAAGUUUAUCUGGAGGAUCUGGGGAUACAGCCUGGCAACACUCUCAAAUAUUUAGACAGUCAAUAAAUGAUCAAGACUAUCCAUUUCAGAUAGUGUUUAUUCUUAAAUAAAUAUUUAGCAUAAUAAUACAAUUUUAAUAAUUUUUUAACUAUCAUUUUAUAUUGAAUUAGUGCUACAACUUAAAAUGUAUAUUUUUCUCUUAGAAUAUUAUUGUUUUUAAAAAACUGUAGGUAAUACUUAUUUAUUAAAAUACCAAUAUAAAACACUGUCAAUUGUACAAGUAAUUGUGUUCUUAACUCCUUUAGUUCAAAUAAAUAAGUAAAUAUUAUAUAAUAUAUUAGUUAAAAAAA